AUGGAAAACAAUCCAAAUUUAAAAAAGUCGCUUCAAGAAUCAAAAAGUCUUCCCAAAUUAACGAAUGAAUGUGUAGAUAAUCAAAAUAAUAUAGUAGUUUUGUCAAAGAAUCAAAGUUAUGAUCCUUUGGCUGGAGGCAAAGAAAUAUAUUAUUCUUUCAGCAUACCUAAUGAACAGGAUAAAAAUCAGUUAGAAUAUCCAUGUGAAAUUUUCAAGACUAUGUAUGGUGAACCAGAAAUUACAAUUGUGAACUAUGCAUCAUCAUUAUUACAGAACGGGAGAUCUAGUUUUCAUCUCAUUAAGCAAAAGCAAAUUUCACAAGGUUAUAAUAUGAAACUUCAUUUGAACGGUGAUAUUAUUGAUCCAGACUUUUACAAGGACAAAAAGAUUAUGAUAACAAAAACGAGAUUCUUAAAAGAUAGUGUUCAAAAUGUUUCAAAUUUUGACAGUAAAAUAUUCACAACAUUACCAAAAUUCGUGAUAGAAGAUUGCUUUGUUGUUAACAAUAAUUCAAAUGGAACGGCAAUUCAUGAUGUCAAGAUAAAACAAGAGAAGGAAAAAAUUGAAAGAAGUCAAAAUAAAACAUUUGAUAUUGCUAUAGAUAAAAUUGGAAGCGGUUUAAGCACAUGUAUCAUUGUAUUAUUUUAUAUAAAGUUUAUAUGA